AUGUCCUCAGAAGCACCUUAUGAUCCCUAUAUACCUGCUGGCGGGCAAGGCGGCGCACAGCCAGCCAGCAAUCAAAGAACAGCUGCCCUACAAGCGCAAAUUGAUGAUACCGUCGGUGUCAUGCGUGAAAACAUCAACAAGGUGUCGCAAAGAGGCGAGCGACUAGACUCGCUGCAAGACAAAACCGAUAAUCUCGCCGUCUCUGCACAGGGUUUCCGCCGAGGAGCCAAUCGGGUCCGGAAACAGAUGUGGUGGAAGGACAUGAAGAUGCGCAUGUGUUUGAUCGUCGGCAUCAUUGUGCUGCUCAUUGUCAUUAUUGUCCCAGCCGGUACGCUUCUCCCAUUUCUCCCUCCCCCAGGGAUAAUACCAGUGCUAACUUGCUUCAGUGGUCGCCACACGAUAAAUGCUGAACCCAGUUAA